CCAAGUACAGUAACACGAAUUGAAGUCUUUUGAGUUUUCUUUAUGGGACUUAUCUUUCCUAGAUAUGAUAAUCAACUGAACACGAUAAGAUAUAUCAACAACCAAGUAGAAAGGUCGAUGAUGCUGUCGAUGAUGUGAUUGGUCAGUACCGAAUAUGAUACAGAUUAAGCGGUUGCUGCAAACUGGAAUAAAGAAAUAUCUACAACAAAACAAUGUGUGAGGAAAAUGGAUACAGAUGAAAAUUCCAGCAACAGUUCUUCCUGCACAGUGCUAGAGAUUGAUGAAGGGGAAGAAAAUUGGAGCAGCAGAGCAAGAGGAUCCUGGGGAAACAGUGAGAGCAUAAAGAGAGAACAUUUUUCAAGUGAUGAUUCCAAUGAGGAUCAAAUUAAUGAUGGAAGGAGAAGAAAAAAGAAAAGGUUAAAGAAAAAAUGUCAUGAUGGUAUAAAAUCAUUGGAAAGGAACAAAACUGCAGGGGACCAACAUAGGAAAUCAAUUCAGGGAACACCAGGGAAGACAAAAGCUCUGUCUUCAACCAAGAUUAACAUCGGAAUACAUGGAUUUGAGAGUGAACCUAUAUUUUCACAAGUGCUAAGAAGUAAAAAUGGCACUCAGUUCACAGAAAAUGAUUCUGGGCAGACAGUCUUAUUAUCUGACGAUGACAAUGAGGCUGGGGAGCCUAGUAAUGUUAGAAUUCCUUCAAUCCGAUUCAGCAGCAGUGAUGGAGAAGUGGACACAGAAGAGGAGAAUUUACCUUCUCUUGUUAAACCUCACUGCAGACAUAAAAACUCUGAUUCUGCCGUUAGUUCUCACCUCACGAUGAAUCACAGGAAGUUCAGUACUCAGGAUAUUGAAGACAAGGAAUUCUGGUCAGAUCAGGAAAUGAGCAGUUCAGACGAUGACACUCCCAUUCUCCAAUUGAAGCCUGGGAAAAUCGCUGCUUCUAUCACUAAAAACCCAGAGCCUCAGAAUACUGGGAAUCAGAAAAAAAAUUCCUCUUCCAACUCCACAUCUUAUUCUCAAAGACAAGUCAAGGAACAAGCUGUAGACAGUGUAUUGUUUGAGCAUGGAAAUCCAGCCUUGAAAGCAGGUAUGAAAAUUAAAAACGAGUCUCAAAUCAAUAUUAAAACUGAAGAAAGUGAUGAUGAAACUCAGCCAUUUGAUGAUGACCUCCCUGACCUUUCACCUCCACCAGUUCAACAGUCGCCUGGGUCAGAUACAGAGAGAGAGCAAUCACCUGAAAUAUUUCAAGAGGAGGAUCCUUCUGAUAAAACUGAGGAAGUACUCUACACACAGAUGGAUGACUGCAUCUACAUAGAGGAUUCAGAGGAGGAGGAACUGUCUCAGUGUCUCUUCCAGCAGGAAGUUAAGCUGAAGCUGGAUGACUCUGAUGUCGACAGUGAAGUGGAGGACAGUAAUGAAGAAAGCUGGCGGGAAAUCCUCUGUCUGGAUGAUUCUGAUGAUGACAUAAAUCAGAGAGUUGACAGUGGAAAUGAUUCAGAGAAAACUUUGGAUUCUGCUUACCAAGUAGCCACCCAGCUUGAUGCAGAUUUGUACAGGAAUUCAACUCAAAGUGACAGAAAGAACGCAUAUACAAGUGCCACUCAAAGUGACAGAAAAGAUCCAUACACAAGUGCCACUCAAAGUGACAGAAAAGAUCCAUAUAUGAGUGCCACUCAAAGUGACAGAAAAGAUCCAUACAUGAGUGCUACUCAAAGUGAUAAAAAAGAUCCAUACAUGAGAGCUACUCAGUGUGACAGAGAAGAUCCGUACUUGGGUGAAACUCAGACUGACAACCACCUGGUGUGUUCUAGUGACUCCGAAGACAAUGAUAUUUAUAACAGUGCCACACAAGUGGACCAAAACAGAAAGAAUAUCAGUAGGAACAGACAAACCAGUAAACCGAAGGAUUUCUAUUCAAAUUCUACUCAAGUUGAUUCCAGGUCUUCAAUUAAUGAUGAGCCUUCUGAAUGGAUGGAAGCAGGGCAUAAAGAGAUGGACCCAUACUCAUGUGCAACACAGAUGGAUGUUCAGACAGGGAAUAGAAAUUUAAAUCAGGUUGUGAAGAAGAAAAGUCAUUUCAAGAUUCAACAGGAGGACAAAGACCCCUAUGUCUGCAGUACUCAGGUGGAUAAUGGCUGGGAUGUGAGUAGUUCUCAGGAUCCAUACUCCGGAGCAACUCAGGUGGAUAUCUUACAUCAUUCACCAGACUCUGACGGAACAGAUCAGCAGGUUAGGCAGGGAGGGGAUCGAGCUCCAUCAGUUGAUGACCUAGCGGAUGAGAAGAUUAGUUCUGAUCCUUAUGACAUACAAACUCAGAUAGACACUUCUGAUCAUAAACACAUCUCGAGUUACAGUUGGGACUCUGAGAGUGUGUCUGAAUCAGAUGAUAUUAUUUUGCUGACUGAUUUGGAAUCUCUAGAUGAAGAAGAGGCACAAACUUCCAGUAAGGAAAACACACCCUUAACAAAAUCAGACCUACAUCCCAGUGACCCAUACAAACAGAGUAAAAAAGUUAAUAUUAGAAUUCAUGAGACUGAGAAUUUAGAUAAUGUGUACGAAUUGGCAACUCAGGUAGAUGAUGGAGGGGAUAAAUGUGUUCAGGACCACUCACAGAGUGUGGGGGAGGGGUCCACGAUGAGGGGGAACUCAGAUAAAGAAGAUGAACAGAGAGGGAAGGCAAGGAAUGUUUUUGACUUGUACCAAAUGGAAACACAAGUUACAGAUCACUCAAGUGUCAAACAGGAUGAGGAACCGAAGUCCAGCGAGUCUUGGAGUGAUAUGGAACUCUACGAAGGUGACACUCAAGUGGAUUUUCUGAAUGAUAUCCCAUAUAAAAGUAAAGCUUCGGAUACGCUAAGCAGGGUUCAAUUGGCAAACACAAGCUCAGCUUCAUCAACAGGAACCUUAAAACAACAAUGUAAGUCACUGGAGACGUCUUCAGAUGACGUAGAAUUAGCAGGUGAAGACGGUAGUAACAACUGGGUGAACACUCCUGUCCCGUUGGAGGAACAGCAGACAAAAGAAGCUGAUGGAUCAAAGGAAUUGGAGUUUCUAAGUUUACAGGCAAAAUUAGAUGAUGUGGAAAUGUUUGCAAAGAAGAACAGUCGACAAGACCCAGGCCAUUCUACAUAUAAUCCCCCAAUGUUAAAGAGGGUUGCAUCCUCCAAUCAGAGGCCAGUCAUCCCCAUAUCACCUCAGAGGGAAAAGUCCACAAAGGAAAAGCGAGAGCAGUUCAAAGCUAAGAGUUUUUACUCAAAGAAACAGCUAGAUUUAGGAGACUCAGGUAGAAGGGUGAUGGGUUCCAGCAGUACAAAGACCUCACUUACAAAUACUGCUCCUUCUGGAAGUAAUGUUGAUACGGAUAGAAACGAAGCAUCAGGAUGGCUGUCAAAGAGCAAAGGAAAGAUAGAUUAUAGAAAAAGACGACGGACAAGCAGUGGGGGAGCUCACACAAAGAAAAGGAAAGAGGAAGUGAGAUCAACAGUGAACAUGGAUGCCAUAAUUAAAGCUAAAGCAGAAAUGAUUGCUCGGAACUGGAUCAAACCAUAUUUACCAGAACCAGUCAAAAAAGCCAGUAUAGACACCAGUUCAAAUUUUACUGAGGAUGUGGAAAUGCCAGAACUAGAGGAAGUGAGGAGAAAAGGGCUACCCUUACUAACAACAGAAAACAGACAUUCUGAUUCCUCAUCUGCAAACCAAGGUGAGAGUUCAUCCAGUUACGCUGACAGAAUUGGUGAUCUUCAGACACACAACGAGAAUCAAAGACAAGACACCUUAAUAGAUAAUUCUCAGAAAUCCCAUUCAGGACACAAUAAAUUAAGUGAAUCAUUAACAAAAAACACCCUUCAUAUGUCCAGGUUAAGUCAUGGGGAAUGUGAACAGAGUUCUAGUGUGAAAGAUAAAAGUAGAUCAGUUUUGAUCUCAAAUAAGGAAGAUUUAAAGUCCAGCAAGAGCAAGUUUGAAAAAUCUUAUUUAAAAGACAAGAGUGCCAAGGAUAGCUCAUCAAAAUCUCAUUCAAGAGACAAAGUUAGCACCUCAAGACCUAGUAAUAAAGAUAAGAAUAAGAAUUAUACAAAAGAUAAGGACAGGUCAGGGUUCCAAAGUUCAAAGGACAGUAGUAAAUCAAAGGAGAAGUCUCAUUCAAAUAACACUGAAAGAUCAGGAGAAUCUAGUUCAAAAGAGAAAGAAUUGGGAACAUCUCAUUCAAAACCAAGGGAUAGUGCAGGGAAAUCCAGUUCCAAAAAUAUGGAUAGUUCAACAAGAUCAUCCAGUUCAAAAAGCAAGGAUGAUUCAGGAAAAUCGAGCUCAAAAGACAGGGAUAGUUCAAGAGAUAAGGACGUUUCCAAGUCAAAGGAUGGUUCAGGGAGAUCUCACUUGAAAGAUGAGAAAAGUUAUAAAAAAUUAAAUUCAGAAAGCUCUGGAAAAUCAAAUUCAAAAGAUCGGGAUAGUGGUUGUAGAAAAAAUAGUUCAAAAGACCGGGAUACUUCAAGAAGAUCCAGCUCAAGAGAACGACAUAGUUCCUCUAGUUCCCAGCAUGCAUCAGAAAAUCAUAUCUCCAAAAACAGUACUUCAUUGGCUCAUUCAAAAGUUUCGGAUAGUUUAAAAUCUAGUAAAAAAGACCAGGAUGAUAGACAUAGCUCUAGUAUAUCAAGAUCUAAACAUAGUUCAGAGAGAUCACAUUUAAAGGACAAAAAUGGGAAAUCAGAGGAAAAGGAUACAAAAAGAUUCAGUUCAAAAGAACAUUCUUCAUCAGAUGCAAAGAAAAAGGAUAGUUAUGGAAGAAAAACACAAAACCACAGGAGUCUGGGGGGAAAUGGGAAAGAAAAUUCUUCUAGUAGCAGUUCUAGGAACCCUUCUUUAUUAGAGUCCAUGGAUAUCCCAAAAGAUUCUAGUGGAUAUAAUAGACAUGAACAAUUAAAAAAUUUAAACUCUGAAUUCAAUGAAGAAAAUAAGUAUUUGGAAGAGAAGAAAAUGUCAGAAGUUUUCAAGUUACGGCCUACUACUGCUGAAUACCGUGAUGACAGGGCAUCCAGAACAAAAGUUGGGUCUGAUGUUCUGACAUCACCAAGUGGUUCUCCUGCCACGGGAAUGAUAGGAGGCACCCGUGCUGUGGGAAUGAUAGGCAGUGCUGGGUGUUUACAGCAGAUAGGGGGCACUGGGUGUCUACAGCAGAAUGAAGAGGUACAGGAGGAGGAGGAGGAUGUAAAGCCGGGAAAACUAGCAAUGGCAGCUGCUUUUGAAAAACUCAUCUCCUCACAGGAAAUGGAAGAAGAUGGAUCCAGUGGAUCCAAUGUUAUUAUCAUUGAUGAUGAUGAUCUUGAUGAUGUUGGUGAAGAGGUAGAGAUGGAAACAUCGAAGAAGCAAAAUUUUGUGAAGGAUGUCUCUGGCAUUAAAUCCAUCCUCAACAAAGAAUUUCGUACAUUUUUUGCUGACAAAAAUGAUGAACGUGCCAGACGAGGGCAGUGUGUCAAAUUCAGACUUGCACCAGACCGUGCUGCAUUGCGCACUCAAAAGUAUGUCAACUCCCUCAUCCAGAAGAAUAAGGGAGGAAUUCAGCCAGGGCAAAGUAGUGGACAUCAACCAGUACAUAGUCAACAUCUUACACCCACCGAGAGCAGGACAGUGGAGAAAGGACCUCGUAAUUUCCAGCAAAGUAUUCCUAGAAAAUUUCAGGCAGUAUCCAGCAUGGACUCAGCUUGUGGGUCAACUCAGAACAGACAGGUCAAGGUCAAUGGGAGGUCAGCUGGGACAGAAAGUGACCACUGCUCUCAGUUCUUCAAACACCUUCUAAAGUGGAAUCCAUCCUGGUUUGCAGAAGCAGCUAAAGCUCGAGAAGACAAGGCUCGUAGAAAUUGUUAUGAGCCCCCACCUGUGUCAGGCGAAGUGUUUCAAAUUCCAGAGAAGUUUGACAACUACAAGGAUUAUGUGGACAUAUUUAUACCUCAUCUGCUGCAGGAGGCAUGGGAGCAGUCCUAUCAGAGCUGGAGGACAUGGAAGAACCUGAAUCCUUGUCCACAAAUUGCAGCUGUUUAUUCAUCUGUGGAGAAGAGUGAUACAAGCAGUGAUGCAUUUGAAAGAUACACAUGGUAUAGUAUAGUUACAAAACAUGUGUAUGAAACAAUGAAGAAAAAUGAUCAGCUGGGUGAAAAAUUCCUUGUCGUCAUAAAAGACUAUGGCCAUUACCUGAAAAGUAAGGAAAGGAAAAUGGAUGAAAGGUUUUACCAACCGAAUUAUUGGGACCAGAUUGGAUACAUAGAAAAAAUCCAGCCUCAUACCCAUCCAGAGAAAGUAAAACAGACCCUUAAUACAUUUAAAGUUUUAGGAACUGAUCCUUCCUCACAUCAGAAUGGAGUUAUUGUCCUAUGUUUAACUAUACUCAGUCGACGACGCCCACUCUUCAAACACCUGUUGGAUAAACUAUCUUAUAUACAGCCUUUGUGUUCUUUGGUGACCACUGUGCGUCAAUUUAAUGCUGUUAGCAGUCUUCCCAGAAGUCCACUGUGUCAUCACAUCCUGAUUCCUGGGCAGAAGGACGUGUUUCACCAGAAUGUGACAGUCGCUGAACCAGAGAAAAAGGCUCUAAAGCAGUACAACGACUCCCAGAGGCUAGCCAUCUGUACAGCGUCAAAGAUGAUACUAGAGAAUUCACAGGCCCCAAAGAUCUGUCUCCUUCAAGGUCCCCCAGGCACAGGCAAAAGUUUCACUGUCGUGGGCAUUGUAGAAAAGAUUUUACAGCUCUGUGGGUCCCAUUUGCGGAUUUGUUUGUGUGCUCCAUCCAAUAAUGCUGUUGAUCUUCUAAUAAAACGUUUGGAUGACCACAAAAGAGAAAAAAGAAACACAGAUUUUGCCUCUGCCUUGUCCAUGGUCAGAAUAGGAAAUACAGAGUCUAUCCACAGAGAUGUCAGGAAGUUUAGUCUGUCAUACCUGGUACAGCAGGAGGCCACUAAAUUGAGAAGAGAAAAGAAACUGGAAAAUAUCCCUUCAAGUGUUCGAGCAAACUAUGAUCAAAUGAAACAAAAGAUGGAAAUACUGAGAAGUAAAAGAAGCAAAAGUAAAGGAGAGGAGGCUGAACGUCUGACAGCUGAUUUAAGACAACUUGAAAAAAGAGUGAAAGAGAUGGAAAAAGAUCAUUUACAGAAGGUCCAGGAUAUCCCCCUCACUAGGACAGAAGAAUUCAGGUUAAAACAGAAGAUACUACAGGAAGCUACCAUAGUUUGUGGUACACUCUCAGCAUUUGGACAGCAUUUUAUCUUUGAUUUACUGAGUCAUCGGAAACGUGAAGGAAAACCAAUGUUUGACUGUGUUAUUGUAGACGAAGCUUCACAAGCUAAUGAGCUGGACUGCAUUAUUCCACUGCAAUACGAAGUCAACAAGUUUAUUUUGGUUGGGGAUCCAGAGCAGCUUCCUCCCACAGUCACAUCCAGUAAAGCUGCUAGGAAUUACUUUGGUCAGUCUCUGUUUGAAAGAUUUUACCGCCAUUUCCAGUCAUGUAAAGAAAGCCCCAGUCCUAUCUUGAUGUUGGACACCCAAUACCGCAUGCAUCCUGACAUAGCUUAUUGGCCGUCCCAGUAUAUAUAUCAAGGAAAACUCAAAACAGACAAAUCGUUGAAGCAGCGCUCUAAGGAAAAUAGUAGAUUGAAGCCAUUUGUUCUAUUUAAUGUUGAGGACAGCCUUGAAUACCUCUCUCAAACCACGGGGUCGGUGAACAAUCCGACCGAGGUGGAGUUUAUUGUCCAGUUGUCCCUGGUCAUCCUUAAGUCUACCAGACCUCACAACAUUGGGAUCAUCGCCCCUUAUAAAAGUCAGAAGAACCUGCUGCUCUCCAGCCUAAGUCAGAAGGGAGUAAAAGGCAUAGAGAUCAGCACUGUAGACGGGUUCCAGGGAAGAGAAAAAGAGGUCAUCAUAUUCUCUUGUGUCCGAGCCAAGAGCCAGUCUGGAUCUAUAGGUUUUAUGGCAGACAGAAAGAGGAUGAAUGUGGCUCUAACUCGUGCCAAGUCAGCACUGUACAUUGUAGCUCAUCUGGAUUCAUUACAAACAGAUGCAGAUUGGAAGAAUCUAAUCCGAGAUGCAGGAAGAAGAAGUUUAAUAUAUUCUGUGGCCAGUGGUCAAGACUUCAAUGAAGCUGCUAAGAAUAUUUUAAUUCAGAAAUAAAGAGGAUGUAAUUGAUUGGCUUUUGAUUUAGGAAAGCCAUGAUAGUUGGAUAAUUAACAUGCAGACAAAGCUUGGUGUCACUAAGGAUAAAGAAAUCAAGAUCUAGCUUUAGAUGCAAACUUAAUUUAGUGGAAUUUAGAGCUACCUUAAAAAAGUAGUGGACUUUAGUGUAACCUUAAACAAGUAGUGGACUUAAGUGCUACCUUAAACAAGUAGUGGACUUUGAUGCCACCUUAAAUGAGUAGUGGACUUCAGAGCUACCUUAAACAAGUAGUGGACUUAAGUGAUACCUUAAACGAGUAGUGGACUUUGAUGCCACCUUAAAUGAGAAGUGAACUUUGAUGCCACCUUAAAUGAGAAGUGGACUUUAGUGCUACCUUAAACAAGUAGUAGGCUUAAGUGCUACCUUAAACAAGUAGUGGACUUAAGUGUGCUACCUUAUACAAGUAGUGGACUGAUGAGAAGUAGACUUGAAGCUACCUUAAAUGAGAAUUGGAAUUUAGUGCUACCUUAAACGAGUAAUGGACUUUGAUGCCACCUUGAAUAAGAAGUGGACUUUGAUGCCACCUUAAACAAGUAGUGGACUUUGAUGCCACCUUAAACAAGUAGUGGACUUUGAUGCCACCUUAAAUGAGAAGUGGACUUUGGUGCUACCUGAAAUGACAAGUGGACUUCCUAACUUAAAUAAGAAGUAGACUUCCUACCUUAAAUAAGAAGUAGACUAAAGUGCUACUUUAACUGAGAAAUGGACUUUAGUGCUGCAUUAAAUGAGUAGUGGACUUUAAUGCUAUCUUAUAUAAGAAUUGGACUUUGAUGUUUCUUAAAUGAAAAGUCAACCUUAAUGUUGCCUUAAGUGAGAAGUGGACUUAAAUGUUGCCUUAGAUGAGGAGUGGACUUUGGCAUUGUCUUAAAUGAGGAGUGGACUUGGGCAUUGUCUUAAAUGAGGAGUGGACUUUGAUACUCCCACAUGGAGGACAUAUCUUUGUGGUUGUCCUAUGAGGCGUGUAACAUCAGCAUGUACUGGAAUAUUUUCUGUGAAUACAAAUUAAUCAGGAUAUCCAUAAACUUCAACUGCUGCAUUUAUUUUAUAUGUGGUCUUCAAACUUUACAGAUUGCUAUAAACUAGUUCUAAAAUAUGGUAUUUUAAUAUCCAUUUAUAUAAUUUUUUGUAUCAAUACAUGUCAUUAACUUUUUUGUGUAUUUACUAAUGUCUAAUCAUAGUUGAAAAUACUUGUUUGUGCCCAAGUUUAAAUGUUGUAGUUUUUUUUUAAUUUAAGAUAGUUUAAGCAAACAAAAAAUUAGCUUCCAGAUAGUGUUUAUAUAUCUCACUGUAUGUGUUCAUAUUGAAUUAAUAUGUUUAAACAAACAAAAAAUUAGCUUCCGGAUAGUGUAUAUAUAUCUCUCACUGUAUGUGUUCAUAUUGAAUUACUUAAUAUGUUUAGUGGGCAUUAAAUGAGUUGUAGUUUUUUACUUAAUUAUUUAAAGGCUGUGCCAAAAUCCAAUAAGUUGUACAGAAAAUAGCAUUUAAUUUAUACAUGUUAACUGUAUGUACAUAUACAUGUGGAGACAUAAGUUGGUUGUCAGUUAAACUUGUUGAGCAGUUAUUGUUACAAAGAAAUUCUGAUUCUUUAGUUCCUGCUGUAUGUUUAUAUGCGUGUGUGUUUUAAAACUAUCAAUCAGAUUCCAGAUUGACUGCAUAAAAUUUACAGAUGAUAAAUGUUAAUGUCCUGGUGUUAAUGAGAAUCAACUUGUGAUAUUAGAAUGAAGGAGAUAAUAAAAGAUAUAAGAACUG